AGAGGGCCCCUCCUGCAAACCCCCAACCUCCAGAUGUGGUCGACCCCAUCACCCUAGACCAGUGACGUGCGGUGAGGUUCAUGGCUGAACCAUCAUUGUUACCACUCCAGACCACUAGAUGGCAGUACCAGAAUGUCAGUUGCCCGCCACCAGCAGCAAAUAAAGAGAGAGGAAGUGUUUGAAAUAACCAUCAUUGUUACCACUCCAGACCACUAGAUGGCAGUACCAGAAUGUCAGUUGCCCGCCACCAGCAGCAAAUAAAGAGAGAGGAAGUGUUUGAAAUCAUACAUCUGGGCAUAAAACCUCUGCUGGCCAUCCCAAAGAAACAGAGGUCACUCGGCCUGAAGAUGUUGCUACUGCUGCUGUCCAGCCUGCUCCUACUGUCUGGCCUGCUACUGCUGCUGUGAAGGCAAAGAAGCCAACAUCGAGGCACAAAACCUCUGCUGGCCAUCCAAAAACCCCGGAAGUCACUCCUGUGCAGCCUGCGGCCCCUGCUGACCCAGAUAUGUCCACUUCGACAUCCACGGCUUGUGACCUUCCGAUGGCAUCUCACCCGAGUGACGCAGAAGUGGAUCUAGAGGGCUGGGUGCGUUUGUGGGAGAACGCUGGUGGCAUCCCAUCUGCCGACAUAUCCUGGCUCAAAGAGGACACAGAGAGAGGGCUGUUUACCCCCGUUCAGACGUACAAGGACAUCAGAGGUCAGAUCAAGAGGCGACGAGUGAUGAAGUCUGACCGGAUGUGGUUUUAUCCCCCGGAACCUCCUGGCUUUGUCGGGGGUGGUCUGCCUACUCCGCAAUUGUUCUUCAGGAGCCGGGUCUUUGUGUGGCGCCCUGUCGGCGUUUGGAGGUACUCGAUCAAGUGUCCGCGGGGAGAGAACUGUGUCGGCAGUGGAAGAAAUGUGCACCUCUCAAAGUCUGGCUACCACUCCAAGUACGUCUCAUCUGCGAUGUGUCCUGUUGGUACACAGUCAUCACAGAAGUCCUGUCCUGCGGACCCUGUACCAAGGCAGCCAGGAGCAAAGAGGGUGUUUCAGUGGGCCGGUGGCUUGCGUGGGAUAACGCCAUCUUGUCCCAGCUCAGCGAGGCUCACCAAGCCAUCUUUCCUGCCGUGCUUACCACCAUGCGUGGCGUAGACAGGAAUGUGGUGCGCCUUUUCAGGGACAGGACCGAAGGGAACACUAUGGAGAAGGUGUGGCGGCAGGUACAGGAGAACCAUGUUGAGGAGUACCUCCAGCGCAAGAACCUGUAUUUUCCAUGUCAU